AUGCAUCCGUUUAUUAAUUUACCCGGUUUUAAAGAUACAUAUGGAUCGCAACCAUGCACACCUCAAUCAUUCAAUCCGAUGAUGCCAUCAACUUCACGUGUUGCAACUCCCGUUACACCGUCUAGAAUGUCGAAUCGGCAAGUUCCAGUUUCUCCGUUCCGAGCCCAGCCGCAAAACAUGGAACCAUCGAUUUCGCGUGUGCACGAACUCCGUGAAGGUGCUGCUGGAAAACGAUCGUAUACGAAUGAAUGGAUGCAGAACAGUUACAUCCCACCAACAUCACAGCAGCAGUUCUCACGAGCACCGAGUAUGAUUGGGUCGACUAUUUCAAACAUGUCAAAUAUGUCACAAUUGUCACAAAUGACGAAAUUCUCUGCGCUUUCUGUUAACACAGAGUAUGGACAAUUCAAUAAUUGGAUCAAUGAAUCUCAACCGGUUCUAUCCAAGGUAUCACAUUCAUCAAUGGAAAACCAGGAUCCGAUGCAACGACGGAAACGUAUGAGCAUUCCCGAAAUAAUUCAAAGUUUGGCAUCAACCGAAGUCAGUGUACAGGCAUCUGCAAUUCGAGAAUUAGAGCCACUUGCGAAAAAGUGGCUAUUAGAACAGACAUAUGGCCAGGCUGAUCUGAAGCUAAUAAUCCGUGCUCUUUUCCAAGUGUUAUAUCCUCGAGAGGUGGAGAAUGAAAACGUGAUACGUAAAACCUUCGAGAUUCUGCAUCAUUCGGUGAUGCUAACAUCAAGACAUGCUCGAAACACGGACAAGAUAUUCUUAUCGCUUAACGCAGAAUUAAUGAAUUCGAAGAGUAGCAUCUAUGAAAUUGUGAUCAAAAGGGCAGAGCGGCUUGAUACUGUCUACGAAUCCAGUGCAAUGGUUUUGUUAACUCACUUGUGUUGUAAGCCGUAUCUCAUGAGGCAUGUGUUCUCCGAAAAAGUUGAAUCUCCUGCUCAUCAACGCCUUCAUCAAACUGUCAUGGAGUUCGCAGUUAAAAACCUGAACAAUUCGGAAACUAAGCCGAAAAAUAAGGGAUUUUCGGUUUCAAUCAUCAAGAACUUGUCACGAACAAAUGGAAGAAUUAGAUACAUGGCGAAGCAGAUGGAUGUGAUAAAUAUUUUUCUUUCAAUUAUAAGAAACGAAUAUAGUGAUGAAGAUCUACUUUGGCCCACUAUGCAAGCAUUGACUACAUUCUGUUCUGAUAGUGAAAACGGCAGUAGAUUUGUAGUUCUUGGUGGUGCACAAGUUCUUUGUGGAUUAUUAUCACAUGGAUCUACACGUCUUCUACACGAGCUUCUGGGGUGUAUGCGAAAAUUGGCUGAUCUUCCAGCAAUUCAAAAUCAGGAUAUGGAAGAAUCGAUUCACAGUGUCAUUCGAUUAGUUGGGUGUGAUGAUGUUACGAUUGUUGAGCGUGCAACAGGUGUUCUCCGGAAUAUUGGAUUGCAUAACAAAAUGAAUAAAGCAAUCAUGGUGCAAAACGGUGUGACAAGUCACGCCUUAGCUGUUCUCAGAACUUCGGAUCGUUUCAGAUACCAACAAAGUGCAAACGUCGAUUUUACAAGACAACAAAUUCUAUCAAUUUAUGAGAAUUGUCUCUCCAUCCUCAACAAUGUAACAUUGAUGUCUCAAAAUGACAUAAUUGAGUCUGCUGUUCACGCUUGUCAAAUGAUCAGUGAGAAUCCAGAUUCUGCUCACGUUCUUCUUCAUUACUUCAACGUUGGAAAUAGAAAAUGCAGAAAGCUGGCGGUUACUGUUAUGAAGCGAGUCAUUGAGGCAGUUCCUUCAUUUGCAGAACCGUUUGUUGAUUUACUCGGAACAACGAAUGAACCGCUUGCUAUAUUGUUACUACAACGAGCAUAUGAAAGUUUGCAAGAAUGGAAACAGACGAUCGCGGAGCUGAUGAGAAUGGACCAAGACACACCACAACGGAGAGAAGUUGAUGAGAAACGAAAGGAUCAUGAGGACAUUGUUAAGCGUUCUGUUGGAUUGUUGACCAAUCUUUGCAGACACGGAAACCCGCGAUUUUUCGAUAGCUUAAGACAUGUUUUGGCAAAUCAAAGAAAUACUGCACUGAAUCCAUUCUUAUGGAUUACAAAAGAUAUGAGUGACAGUAUACUUCCGGAGUGGCUCGAGUUCAUAUUGUCCAUCUGCUGUACUGAAUGGUCGCAACAAAAUUGUUUGUUGUAUUGGUUCCUAAAACAAGCCAAUAUAACACAAGACGAUUUACAAACGCUGCGAAACACCAGAGGAAAUGAAAGAGUGAAUGAAAAAGCCAAUGAAAAAAUUCGUACAUACAUAGAUAGAAUCAUUGAUCUUGGCUGUAGACAGCAACAACUUCAGAAUCAACAGCAAAUGCUCAUGGCUCAACAGCAACAACAACAAAUCUUCCGCCUUUUCACCACAUUCUUUGAUGAAAAGAACGAAGUAGAGAAUAACGAGGAUGAUCUGAAGGAAGUCGAAUUUGGGACUUCAGAUUUGUUCAAAGACUUACCCAAAAAAGCAACUGCGAUGAGCCAGCAACCAGGAAGUGACCGUCGAGUGAACUUCGCACAAGAGGAGCCCAUGACUCUGGGCGAAAAAAUAAGUCAUAGAAUGGAUCAGUUCAAAGAGAUGGUCUCAAGCGGUUGUUGUUCGUGUGCAAGCAGGUGUCCAUCGGUUGCCAUCGUUCUCAUUCUGGCUCUUGUGAUUUUGGGUAUUCUGGCAGCCAUUCCUCUCACUUUAAUGCUCACUUCUUCUGCUCAGAGAAUGUCGACAGACAGUACAGAUCUUUCUCCUUACUCUAUUCGACAUCCGAAGUUUUGGCCGAAAACUGACAAAAUUCACUUCAACGACCUUGACGGCAUUCCAAUGUCGUCUUUAUUCCCUCCAAAUGUUUCUACAUGCUCUGGAUUCGGAUUCGCCUGUACUGGUGCCGUUCACAUGAUCAUUCCUUCUUCCAAGAGAUGUGAUGGAAUCAAAGAUUGCCAAGAUGGUUCUGAUGAAGAGAAUUGCAAGGAAUGCCAAUCAGUAUUUUCGUGCCGUUCUCACGUCGAAGAAGAUUCGAAGAAGAAGCGCAAGACCAAAGUCCUCCCAACAUUGAUUUGUUUAACUGCUGAAAAACUCUGCAACGAUGUUCAGGACUGUCCAGAUGGCUCGGAUGAAUCAGUUUGCAAGUCUACAUGUUCCAAAGAUCAAUUCAAAUGCACCGGAAACAACGCUUGUCUCCCAACUUCUGCCAAGUGUGACGGUGUCAACGAUUGUACAGAUGGGAGUGACGAGAAGAAUUGUAAUGAAUGCCAGAAGGGAGCUCACAAAUGUGGAAAGCAAUGCAUCAAAGCCAGUCAUGUUUGUGAUGGCGUUGCGCAGUGUGCCGACCGUUCGGACGAAAAAGAAUGUGACUGCAAGUCUUGCUCAGGAUCAGACAAAGCUCUAUGUGAAGAUGGAACUUGCAUCAAGCGCACUCAAGUGUGUGACGGAAAGAAAGAUUGCACCGACGGUAUGGACGAAGAGAACUGCCCAGGAUCCUGUAGUAUCGAAGCUUUCUCAACUAAAACUAAACAACUGACAUGUUCCGAUGAGAAGCGGUAUACCGAAUCAGAGGCAUGUUCGGGAGUCGUGGAAGCAUGUGAACAAAGCUGUCCAAAAUGCCAUCCAAAGCUCACAUUCACUUGCCCUGCCGUCGGAGGAUCUCAGAAAAGAUGCAUCAGAAGAAGUAAAGUUUGCGAUGGAAUUAACGAUUGUGACGAUGGUGCCGACGAGAAAAACUGCACACCAAUAAAAGAAUGUGGUAUUGAAAACGCCAGUCAGUUCACCUGUGAUCGCAAGUGCCUUGAUGCCAGCCGUCGUUGUGAUGGUGUCUGGGAUUGCGAAGACAAGUCUGACGAGCAAAAUUGCCAACAGUGUUCUUCUGGAUCGAUCCGAUGUGCUGCCGAUAAGAAGUGUCUUCCAGCUUAUACUCGCUGCAAUGGAGUCGCUGAAUGCUCAGAUGGUAGUGAUGAGCAGAAAUGUUCCUGCGAAGAAUGCCUCGGUGCUCAUUCCAAUACAUACAUGUGCAAUGAAUCGAACAGAUGCUUAAAGCGCGACGAAGUGUGCUCUCCGUACUCAAUGUGCCCCAACGCAACCUACACGGACAAGGCGUACUGUGCUGCUUUGGUACUGAAGAACUCAGGCAGAUUUCCUUACUAG